UUCAGGGGCAGUCAUGACUGACUUGGAGACACAAACGCUUUGCACGGAAAGUUAUGGCUCUCGAUCUGCUCGGCAUUACCAGGCCUUGCCUAACGGAAAGCUAAGCUCUAUUGCAGAUGCCUGUGAAGACUGGCACUUUCAUUCACUCCGUCAUUUCUUCAUGUCGGUCUUCCUGCCCCAGGGCUAUCCUGAAAGUGUGAGCGAGGACUACCUGGCCUACCAGUUGUGGGACACCAUCCAGGCCUUUGCAAGCAGCAUCACAGGGACACUGGCCACGCAGGCGGUGCUGAGGGGGGUGGGGGUCGGGGAUGAGACAUCCACUGUUGCAGCUGCCACCGUCACCUGGAUUCUGAAAGAUGGAACAGGAAUGUUGGGCCGAAUUGCUUUUGCCUGGAGCAAGGGGAGCAAACUGGAUUGUGAUGCUAAGCAAUGGAGACUCUUUGCAGACGUGCUCAAUGACAUGGCCAUCUUCAUGGAGAUCGUGGCACCAGCUUUCCCAGCAUGCUUCACGCUCAUCAUCUGCACCAGUGGCUUCUUCAAGUGCAUUGUGGGUGUGGCUGGAGGGGCCACCCGGGCAGCUCUCACCAUGCACCAGGCCCGCCGGGACAACAUGGCUGAUGUAUCAGCCAAAGAUGGAAGCCAGGAGACGCUAGUGAACUUAGCUGGCCUACUCUUCAGUCUCUUCCUGAUCCCUCUUGUAGUGGACAGUCUCCACCUCACCUAUGCCUUCUACGCUCUCUUCACCAUCCUCCAUGUCUACGCCAACUAUCAAGCAGUGCGUGCGGUUUGCAUGGAGACCCUUAACCAUGCCCGGCUCCGCCUGGUCUUGCAGCAUUACUUGCAGUGGGAAGAAGUGCCUAGCCCUGCUGUCAUCAAUCCUCAGGAGCCCCUUCUGCUAGGGUUUCGUCAGCCGCUCAAGAUAACUCUUGGGACUCCUCUUCAUACAGUGACUUCCAGUGUUGCUGACUUCCAGAAAGCUCUUGAAGGCAAUGCUACAAAUUACUUAAUUUUCUUCAACCGACCAGCAGGGACGAUCUCUGUCCUGCUCCAUCGGCAAGCAGACAGUGUGGAUGUGAUUAAAGCCUACGCCCAUGCCCUUAUUCUAGAGGUCCUGCUGUAUCAAGAUGUGGGAACAUGUGCCUUGGAAAGAGUGUCCCUUCUGGAUUUGCAGCAUCAGUUACGCAAAGAAUCCAAUAAAGAGGAUCCCAAGAUACAUGCUGAAAUGCAUCAGUUCUUGGACAGGAUAUUUCCCAGAUUCCUGGCAGGACUGACAGCCGCUGGAUGGGUAACCGACCGGAAUCUCCUAGGCCCCGAGGAGUGGCGGAUGGAAUGGCUCAGUGCUGAGAAGAAAAUGCUUUGACUCUGGGAGAACUUUUAUGCCAAAGACCUGAUUUGUUCAGCCCUAGAAAAGGAGGGGAUCCUGGUUUCCUUGGGGUUGUUGUUUACAAAGGCAACUAUGGGUUUGGAUUUGUCUUGCCUCAGUUUACCACAGCUGUAGUUCUAAAAUAAAGAUGAGGUGCGGACAAC